UCGCGCACCUCUCUCUCGCUCGCGCGCUCGAAGCCGCUCGGAGCCGUCGCCAGCAGUUGUAGGCUCCAAUUUGACAGCAGCAGCGCUUGCUUUCUAAAGAAAGCUUAGCUCUCACUUUUCAGUCUGUCUCAUUACCGCUCUCAUUGUUUCUUUCGACAGCGAGAAACGGAGCAGUUCACUUGGAGUCUAUUUGGAAUAAGAAAGCAUUGCUGUUUUCUGACUGGAGAGAAGGAAGAUAAGACUCCUCUGGAUUUCCUAAGGAAUUUUAUCUGAACGCCUUGUUACCGUGGCUUUUGAAUUCAUCAGCUGGGGUAUAUAAUGUGACCAACUGUUCCACAAUAGGGAAAUUCCGAGGAGUUCAGAUUCUUUCAUUCCUUCUGGUCCGAGGCAGCAUUGGUAUCAAGUGUUCCUAACAGGUGGGGGCAUAGGGGUAUUGGUCAUACUGGUGUUGUUGGCGAGGACGAAGCUUGGGCAUCGGGCAGAAUGUUGCCACCUGCAUGAGUGGAACAGAGGAGCCUCAGUUCUGGUUCUCUUUCCUGAGACAACAACCACAGGAUGAGGCUUGAGAGGAGGUCUCAGGAGAGAGAAUGUUCCAUGACUUUCACACCUUCAACCUCAAGCUCUUGAAUCAUUGGGACAGUUGCUUGGGUGCUUGAAGGCUGUGAAUAUCCUGCAUCUGAGAAAUCAGACCACUGAGGCUGCCAAAGCAUGCUGGUGCCAAGCUGUCCCAUGAUGCACAUAGCCAGACCCGUGCUGCUCGUCCUGGGUCUUCUCCUCCUCCUCGCCAACGCCGAAACACCACCAAAGUUUUUAAGAACCCCCAAUGACCAAACAGGCGUGCAAGGAGGCGUGGCGUCCUUCAUUUGCCAAGCGACGGGAGACCCACGCCCCAAGAUCGUUUGGAACAAGAAGGGGAAGAAAGUCAGCAACCAGAGAUUUGAGGUAGUGAUUGAGUUCGAUGACGGCUCUGGCUCGGUGUUGAGAAUUCAGCCCUUGCGUACGCCCCGAGACGAAGCCAUAUACGAGUGCGUCGCCUCCAACACUGUUGGAGAGCUGAGUGCAACUACGAGACUCACUGUUUUACGUGAGGACCAACUGCCUGCUGGUUUCCCCACCAUUGACAUGGGCCCCCAGUUGAAAGUGGUAGAACGAACUCGCACGGCCACCAUGCUCUGUGCCGCCAGCGGCAACCCUGACCCAGAUAUCUCCUGGUUCAAAGAUUUCCUGCCCGUCAACACCACCAACAACAAUGGACGCAUCAAGCAGCUCAGAUCAGAAUCCUUUGGUGGUACACCAAUAAGAGGGGCCCUCCAGAUUGAGCAGAGCGAAGAGUCCGACCAGGGGAAGUAUGAGUGCGUCGCCACUAACAACGAUGGAACCCGCUAUUCUGCCCCCGCCAAUCUAUAUGUUAGAGAGCUGCGAGAAGUGCGCCGGGUACCCCCGCGGUUCUCCAUCCCGCCCACGGACAACGAGAUCAUGCCUGGAGGCAGUGUCAACAUCACCUGUGUGGCGGUGGGCUCCCCUAUGCCCUACGUCAAAUGGAUGCUGGGUGCCGAAGACCUGACGCCCGAGGACGACAUGCCCAUUGGACGAAACGUUUUGGAGCUCACUGACGUCCGCCAGUCGAACAACUAUACCUGCGUGGCCAUGUCCACUCUGGGGGUCAUCGAGGCGGUAGCGCAGAUCACAGUGAAAGCAUUGCCCAAGCCUCCCGGCAUUCCCGUGGUGACGGAGCGCACGGCCACGAGCAUCACGCUGACGUGGGACUCAGGCAACCCUGAGCCUGUCUCCUACUACAUCAUCCAGCACAAGUCCAAGUUCUCAGAGGACACAUACAAGGAGAUCGACGGCGUGGCCACCACUCGCUACAGCGUGGGCGGCCUCAGUCCUUACUCGGACUAUGAGUUCCGGGUGCUGGCGGUGAACAACAUCGGGCGUGGGCCACCCAGCGAGGACAUCGAGGCCAAGACGGCUGAGCAAGCACCCAGCACGGCGCCCAGGCAGGUCAGGGGUCGUAUGCUCAGCUCCACCACGGCUAUUAUCCACUGGGACGAACCAGAGGAGGCCAACGGGCAAAUUAUGGGCUACCGUGUCUACUACACCAUGGACUCUGCGCAGCAAGUCAACACAUGGGAGAAGCAGAUAGUGCGUGGAUCAAACUUCCUCACCAUUCAGGGCCUCAUCCCCAACAAGACCUAUUACAUUAAGGUCCUGGCCUACACGUCCGUGGGUGAUGGACCUCUCUCUGCAGAUCUCCAGAUCAUAGCCAAGACGGGAGUCCCUUCUCAACCGACCGACUUCAAAGGGGAAGCCAAAUCUGAAACAAGCAUACUACUAUCGUGGAUAGCCCCAGCACAGACCGGACAAGACAAUCAAAUCAUGGGAUAUGAACUUCUGUACAAGAAGGGGGAUGACAAGGAGGAGAAACGCAUCAGCUUUGAGCCUACCACCACGUACCUUCUGAAGGACUUGAAGCCCUUCACUACUUAUACUUUCCAGCUAGCCGCGCGCAGUAAGCAUGGUAUCGGGGCCUACACCAAUGAGAUCUCCGCAGAAACCCCUCAAACACAGCCCUCAGCUCCACCUCAGGAUAUCAAGUGCUCUAGCCCCAGCUCCACCAAUAUCCUGGUAAGUUGGCGGCCUCCUCCUACGGACUUACAGAAUGGGAUCAUAGUUAAGUAUGCCGUCCAAUACGCCGCCACUGAAGGGGAGGACACCACCACCCGAAAAAUAUCCGACAUCCCUCCAGAAAGCUCCCAGUACCUCUUGGAACACUUGGAAAAAUGGACGGAAUACCGUGUGACAGUGACUGCUCACACAGAUGUGGGUGAAGGACCUGAAAGCUUACCACAACUCAUCCGCACCGAGGAGGAUGUUCCCAGCGGCCCGCCUCGUAAAGUCGAGGUGGAGACUGUCAACUCUACGUCAAUAAAAGUAAUCUGGCGCUCGCCGAUGCCCACCAAGCAGCAUGGGCAGAUCCGAGGGUACCAGGUGCACUAUGUCAGGAUGGUUAAUGGGGAGCCCAUGGGACAGCCAGCCAUCAAGGACAUCUUGAUUGACGAUGCGCAGUGGGAAUAUGAUGAUUCAACUGAACAUGAAAUGGUCAUCACAGAGCUGCAGGCUGAGACUAUGUACUCAGUUGCUGUGGCAGCCUACACGACAAAGGGAGACGGAGCUCGCAGCAAGGCCAAGCUGAUCACCACCACUGGCGCAGUACCUGAAAAACCACGACUCAUGGUCAGCCCCACCAAUAUGGGCACUGCCCUCCUCCAAUGGCACCCCCCGGCUUUAACCCACGGCCCCCUGCACGGCUACCGCCUCCGCUUCGGCCGCAAAGAUGUCGACCCUCUGACCAUCAUUGAGUUCCCAGAGCGUGAGAACCAUUACACUACCAAAGAGAUCCACAAGGGGGCAUCAUACACCUUCCGCUUGUCCACCCGUAACAAGGUGGGCUUCGGCGAGGAGACGGUCAAAGAAAUCAGCACACCUGAAGAUAUGCCUAGCGGCUUCCCACAAAGCAUUGUAGCCGAGGGUGGCACUACUACCACCAUUCAGGUGAGCUGGAAUCCACUGUUACUGGCGGAGCGCAACGGCGUUAUCGUGAAGUAUGCCCUGCAGUACAAGGACAUCAACAGCCCUCGGAGCCCCUCGGAACUCUUCAUCACCGCUCCGGAGUCCACCAUCACCCUUGACAGCCUCAAGGCAGACACCACUUACGAUAUCAAAAUGUGUGCCUUCACCAGCAAAGGCUCCGGCCCCUAUAGCCCCAGUGUCCAGUUCAGGACACAGCCCUUGGAUCAAGUGUUUGCAAAAAAUUUUCAUGUGAAAGCUGCCAUGAAGACAGCUGUGCUCCUCACCUGGGAGAUCCCAGACAACUAUAAUGCAGCUCAGCCCUUCACAAUCCUUUAUGAUGACGGCCAGAGCGUGGAGGUGGACGGCAAGCUCACUCAGAAGCUGAUCACGGGUCUGCAGCCCGAGACACAGUACUCCUUCCUGCUAACCAACCGGGGCAAUAGCGCUGGCGGUCUCCAGCACCGCGUCUCCACCAUGACCGCCCCUGACAUCCUGCGCACCAAGCCCUACCUGAUUGGCAAGACCAACUUGGAUGGCAAAGUCACUGUAGAGCUACCCUCAGUCCAGACUUCAGAGAAAGUCAGGGGAUACUACAUAGUGGUGGUGCCUCUGAAGAAACAGCGCACAGGAAAGUUCCACAAACCCUGGGAUAGUCCAGAUGAGAUGAACCUAGAAGAGCUGCUGAAAGAGAUUAACCGAACAAGCCGAGGCCUUCGCUUCCGGAGGCAAGCUGAGCCCAAAGCCUACAUCGCUGCCUACUUCAAAGACCUUCCCACCGACUUCACUCUGGGAGACACCAAGAUCUAUGGUGACUUUGAAAACAAGCAGCUCGCCAACGGCCAAGAGUACAUCUUCUUUGUGCUUGCUGUCCUCGAUAUCUCUGAAAAUACCAUGUAUGCCACAAGCCCCUACUCUGACCCUCUUGUGUCAGCUGACCUUGACCCCCAGCCAAUCAUUGACGAGGAGGAGGGACUUAUCUGGGUGGUGGGCCCAGUGCUCGCUGUUGUCUUCAUCAUCUGCAUCGUCAUCGCCAUCCUCCUGUACAAGAGCAGCAAACCAGACAGGAAAAGGGCAGAAUCCGAAGCUAGAAAGGGCAGUCUGCCCAACAGUAAGGAUAUGCUGUCUCAUAACCCCACCGACCCUGUGGAGCUUCGACGCAUGAACUUCCAAACGCCUGGUUCAGGUGACCCUAGUUACCCCAGUAACUUCCAUUUGUCAAGCAUGGCCAACCACCCACCAAUCCCCAUUUUGGACCUGGCCGAUCAUCUGGAGCGAUUGAAAGCCAACGACAACCUGAAGUUUUCACAAGAAUACGAGUCCAUCGACCCCGGGCAGCAGUUCACGUGGGAACACUCCAACCUGGAAGUCAACAAACCAAAGAACAGAUAUGCUAACGUGAUAGCAUAUGACCACUCCAGAGUCCUGCUAUCAGCUAUUGACGGUAUCCCUGGAAGUGAUUACAUCAACUCCAACUACAUUGACGGCUACAGGAAGCAGAAUGCGUACAUCGCCACGCAGGGCUCGCUGCCUGAGACGUUUGGCGACUUCUGGAGGAUGAUCUGGGAACAGCGGAGUGCCAACAUCGUCAUGAUGACCAAGCUGGAGGAGAGAUCGAGGGUGAAAUGUGACCAGUACUGGCCCACUAGAGGGACGGAGACCUACGGCCUCAUCCAGGUGACACUGUUGGACACGGUGGAGCUGGCCACAUACUGCGUCAGGACAUUUGCACUUUAUAAAAAUGGCUCCAGUGAGAAAAGAGAGGUGAGGCAGUUCCAGUUCACAGCCUGGCCGGACCACGGGGUACCCGAGCACCCCACUCCGUUCCUGGCCUUCCUAAGACGGGUCAAAGCCUGUAACCCCCCAGACGCAGGGCCGAUGGUGGUACAUUGCAGUGCCGGGGUGGGCCGCACGGGCUGUUUCAUCGUGAUCGACGCUAUGCUGGAGCGCAUCAAGCACGAGAAGACAGUGGACAUCUACGGCCACGUGACGCUGAUGCGCGCCCAGCGGAACUACAUGGUGCAGACGGAGGACCAGUACGUGUUCAUCCACGACGCGCUCCAGGAAGCCGUCACCUGCGGCACCACUGAAGUGCCCGCCCGAAACCUCUACACCUACAUCCAGAAGCUGACUGGGAUUGAGGGCGGAGAGAACGUAACUGGCAUGGAGCUGGAGUUCAAGCGUUUAGCCAACACUAAAGCCCAUACCUCGCGAUUCAUCAGUGCCAAUCUCCCCUGCAACAAGUUCAAGAACCGCCUUGUGAACAUAAUGCCAUACGAGUCCACGCGAGUGUGUCUUCAGCCAAUCCGAGGGGUGGAAGGCUCCGACUACAUCAAUGCCAGUUUCAUAGAUGGAUACAGGCAACAGAAAGCCUAUAUUGCCACGCAAGGGCCGCUAGCGGAGACGACAGAGGACUUCUGGAGGAUGCUCUGGGAGCAUAACUCCACCAUCGUAGUCAUGCUAACGAAGCUCCGAGAAAUGGGCAGGGAAAAAUGCCACCAGUAUUGGCCAGCAGAGAGGUCGGCCAGAUACCAGUACUUUGUGGUGGACCCCAUGGCUGAGUACAACAUGCCCCAGUACAUCCUGAGAGAGUUCAAAGUGACUGACGCCAGGGACGGACAGUCACGGACGGUAAGGCAGUUUCAGUUUACAGACUGGCCCGAGCAAGGAGUGCCAAAAUCGGGAGAGGGAUUCAUCGAUUUCAUUGGCCAAGUUCAUAAAACAAAAGAACAGUUUGGCCAAGAUGGGCCUAUAUCUGUCCAUUGUAGUGCUGGUGUGGGUAGGACCGGUGUCUUCAUCACCCUCAGCAUCGUAUUAGAGCGAAUGAGGUAUGAGGGCGUGGUGGAUAUCUUCCAGACAGUGAAAAUGCUCCGGACACAGAGACCGGCCAUGGUGCAGACAGAGGAUCAAUACCAGUUCUGUUAUAGAGCUGGUUUGGAAUACCUUGGAAGCUUUGACCACUAUGCAACGUAAGAGUCCCUCUCCCGGAGGAAAAGCAGAAGGCCCUUGGACAACCCCAGCGAGCCUCUCUUCUGAGCCAUAAUUUCCUGCUUGAGAAAGUACUUCUUAACUCCUAACUAAAGACUCAGUUUAGGUCUAGAUUCAAUCAGAUCAAGUGUUAACCGGCGAUAGCAGACACCCGCAUAGCAGAUGUUUUGGCAGUGUCGGAGGUGGAACUGCGUUGGAGCAGUCAAAUCGGUGAGCAGCUGCUCUUGCGAGCCUUGUCAUGAAGCCACACCCACCCCACUCGCAUUAGAAGUUCAGAGCGAGAAUGUGUAGGCUAUAUGGAAAUAAUUACACUCAAAUAGAAAAAUCAUUAAAGGAAAUAAUGAGGGUUUCUAUCAUCAAAAUGGAGGUGUAGAUUUUAUCUCACAUUCCAGUGUUCCAACUUGUAAACAAGGCUGCAUUGGAAUUCUGUUAAUGCGACAACAUGCAGGCCAUGGCAAUGCCCACUUUAGGUGUAAUGCCGGGAGCCACCUGUGAAUUUGACAGCUCUAACGCAGUUCCACCUCCAACACCGUCAAAACAACCACUACACGGAUGUCGGCUAAAGCGGAUCUGAUUGAAUAGAGCCCUAAGUGUUAGAUGUGAGACACAAAAAUUUCAAAAAAAUCAUAAAGAUUAUUCCUGGAGGACCAAGUGUUUCCCAAAACCCAUGGAACUCAUCCUGACACGGGAAACAGAGAGGGAAUCCUGACUGUUGAAGCAUCUUAUGGAAUUAUUUUUUUUCUGUUGCUUCAAGGAUUCGUCUUGGGUUAAAAAAUACUGAAAGAAACACAAACAAAAUAAUAACACAACGUACUAUUACAUCGACAAGUAAUGCAUCAUAUUACGAACCACAAGAGAGAGAAAUGGAGGCACACAGAAUGGCUUAAAACUUGAUGCACAUUGUAAAGAGACAUUUCUGUUCCACAAUCAAACGACACAGAGACAUCUAUCCUUUGAAAAAGAAGACACCAGUGCUUGGUCCACUAUGAAAAAAAUACCCUGUUUCCUGUCGCAACGUUCAUCAUUUAAAGAAUUGGGGGGGGAAAGGGGGAAUGUUUAAAGAUAUAUGAAACAAAUAAAACCUAUUGAUUUAGUUUUUUAGUACUUUACUAUACAGUUGAUAUGUGCUUUAUUUUAAACUGUGUGAAAUUUGAUUUCCUUUUUUUAUUAACAAAACGUAUCACUCGACAAAGUGAAUCAAACAAAGUAUUUGCGUAAUCGUUCACUUUUCUCUUCCGAGUUGUAUUUUUUUAAGCUGUAGAACUGUUCUAAUGUAUGCACCGUCAUGCAGAGAAAAGUCUUUGCUCUUUUACUUAUUCUUGCAAAUUUUGGGGGUUUGUUUGUCUCAAUAUGUGCAGUCCUGUAUUCACACUACCAAAUGUUGACUUUGCUACAGGUUUUUUUUUUAGUUUUGUCUUAUUUGUCCAAUAUCGGAUACACAAUAACUUACUUACACACUCAUGCGAUAAACUGGGGGCUUUGUGGAAUCAACAGGGAUGAGCAAAGUAUGAAGUUGCUGCUACCGAUUAUCUUAGUUCUUCCAUGUUAGAAUGAAGGUAAAGAUGAGCACCUGAUGGAUAAGAUACGUGAUAUAUACAUAUUUAUGGUAUAUAGAAGAUGACAGAUAUGAAUGAUAUAUGAAUUAUAAUAUGAUCAUAACCUAUAACAUAUGUCUACUGAAAUAAAGUACAUAUAUAAAACGAA